UAAUAUAGGUAGGUCACGUGACAGGCACAUUCUCGGCAGCCAACAUGUCGACGAUAAAAGUAAUUGGUGUGUUUUCCAUUAUAUUUGGAUGUUUUGCGAUGCUUUAUCCUCGUUUUCUCCAUCCGAUUGUUUUGAAAACGUUUGGAAUGACACAGAAGUCGCUGGAAAAUGAUAUUUUGUCAAAUGUUCAAAGUCCCAAAAUUGCAGCAAUGAACCAAAACAGACCAAGACCUGGGGAAGAUAUCCGACCUAUUCGUCCAAACGCUCACCCAGGUUUGCGAGCUGCUUCUGAAAUGAGAGCUCAGCAACAACAAGCAGGAAGUGGCCGGGGCAUGAUGGGUAUUGUCUUACCUAUGUAUGCUGUGGGCAUUGUUCUAUACUUAAUAUACACCUUGGUCAAGGUUUCAGGAUGCUAUCAGUUAAUCUUAUUUUUGAUGUUACAAACCUACAUUUCAGACUUUCAGCAUUUGCGUGACUGUUAUAAUUUGACAUCCAUGUACAAAAGAGAAAAUCCUGGUAAGAAAGAGAGCACUAUUAAUAGUGAAGAUACUAUUAAAGCUGAACUUGAAAUGCGUCAAUUGCAGCAGCGUUUGGAAGAAACCGAAACUCAAAUGACUCGCAUUCUGCAGGCUAUGCAGUCUGUACAGCAACAUGUCAGCGGUGUUGUUGAUAGAGCUGCAGGCAACAUGAAGAAUCCUUCAACAGAUGAAGACUUAAUCCAUGAGAAGGAGGUCAAUAAAGAAGAAGAGAAGAAGGGAACUACUAUGAAACCUGAAUCAUUGAAAACUAAUGAAAAGGGUGGCUGUAAAGUGUCAACCUCAGAUUCUACCCCGGAUCUUGAAAGUUAUGAGGUCCUGCGAACAAAUAACCGUGACAGUCAAGGGAGCAGUGAUUACUGUUGGUUAAAUGGCAGUGGAUCAACGCCAAAUUCUCCUGAAGUUGAAACUGUUUCUUCUGUGAUAGAUACUUUUGCUAAAAAAGAUGAAGAAUCCGCUUCACCAGAGCCUGAAUGUUCAACUAACAGUGAAGUUCAAGAAAAAGAAAAAGACUCAUCGCAUGAUAUUCAAGAAAAUGAAGAAAAUAGCCACAGCAAAGACUCUGAUUAUUGUAAAACUGAUGACCAAGAUCUUACUGUGGAAGACAUUGGAUCAGAAGAAAAUUGUACAGAUGAUGUUAUAUUACGGAAACGGAAAGGCUUACCAACAUUGAAUGAUUGAACUUCUGUGAUGGAUUUUGGUCACACCAUCCAUUAGUUACGGCCUCUAAACAAUUGGUCUGGUCUUGACAUUAAAUAAUUUCACAUGGUUUCAAAGUAAAUGUAAAAAAUGUUUUUUUUUUCAAUACAACUAAACAAUAUUCCUGAUACCUUUUUUUUAUAGUCCCCAGUAAAUAAACUUAACCAUUUUUUUAAUUUUUACCUUAUAUGCAUGCAUAAAUUACUGAAAAGUGUCAGUUUAGUUUUUAAAUACCCUAGAACAUAUUUAUUUCUCUUUUUUUUCUUUUUUAUUUGAAAAUAUUUUAUUUAGAUUAAUAUUUUAAAAAAAUGAGUUUAUCAUUUUUACCUCUGUGAAUAAUAAAAAUGAUAUUGAUAAUAUAUAUUAUUGAUCAUGAUAAAUUAAGAUUUCUUCUUGCGUGUUUCUGUGUAUAUAGAUACACAAAUGCACAUCUGUGAAUGAUUAUCAAUCGCAGGAAAUAUAAAAAGGCAUACACAUGUGGAAACUCAGACACUUUUGAUAUUAAUUUGAAUUUUGUCUCAAAAUAAUAAAAUUAUAAUUAUUUUCA